AUGGGUCUAAAGCAAUCCAGAGAUCAUAUAAGUUUAUUUAAUGAAGGCAAUCAUUUUUAUAAUUUACCUCCUCGGUGAACAAAUAAUAUCUCAUAGAGACCCAUUUUUUUAAAAAAAUUGCCUUUAAAAUAGGUUAUUUUUUUAAGAAAUCUCUUAUGACUAAAUUAGAAAAUUAAAAAAUCAGAAUUUAAGUUAAUAAAAUUAAAAUUUUAUUAUAUUGAAGGCUAAUUUAAAUAUUAAGAUUUUUAAUAGGUAAAGAGUUAGGCAGAAAUCUCGAAACAAUAGACUGUUACAAUGAAGCAAUCAAGCUCAAACCUGAUGCAGACAUUUAUUUUAAUAAAGGAAAUGCUCUCAAAAAUUUAGGCAGAUAUCUUGACGCAAUCAAAUGCUAUGACGAAGCAAUUAAGAAUCAGCCAGAUUACUCUCACGCUUAUAACAACAAAGGAAAUGCUCUAAAAAAACUAGGAAGAGAUCUUGAAGCAAUAGAAUGCUACACUGAAGCAAUUAAACACAAACCUGCCGAUACCUCUGCUUACUUUAAUAAAGGAAAUUCUUUUACAAAAUUAUACAGAAAUCAUGAAGCAAUAGAAUGCUAUAACGAAGCAAUUAAAUUAAAACCAGAUUAUGCUCAUGCUUACAAUUUUAAAGGAAAUGCUCUUAAAAAUUUAGGUAGAAAUUUUGAAGCAAUUGAAUGCUAUAAUGAAGCAAUUAAAAUCAAGCCUGGCUAUGCUGAUGCCUUUGAGAAUAAAGGUAUAGCUCUAACCUUGAUUUAGAUUGACAGAUAAAUAACUUAAUCUGAAGAACUCAUCUGAUUUUACAGACCCUAUUAAUUAAAUUUCUACAGUCCAUCAAGCUGAAAGCACAAUCUAAAUUAUGGUGUGGGGUAUAAUGCUCUGGAAAAUUUAGGCAAAUAUCUUGAAGCAAUAAAAUGCUAUAACGAAGUAAUCAGACUCGAGCCUAAUUAUGCAGGUGCUUACUUAAAUAAAGGAUAUGCUCUUGAUAAUUUAGGUAGAUACCUUGAAGCAAUAGAAUGCUAUAAUAAAGUAAUAGAGCUCAAGCCUGAUUAUACGGAUGCUUAUUAUAAUAAAGCCGCUGCUCUUGGCGAUUUAGGCAGAAAUCUUGAAGCAAUAGAAUGCUAUGACGAAGUAAUCAAGCUUGAGCCACAUUUUGCUGAAGCUUAUCAUAACCAAGGCCGUGCUUUUAAGAAUUUAGGGAAAAAUCUUGAAGCAGAAGAAUGCUUUAACAAAGCUAUAGAGCUUAAACCUGAUUAUCCUGAUGCUUACUUUAACAAAGGACACGCUCUUGGGAAUCUAGGCAAAUAUAAUGAAGCACUCGACUGUUAUAAUGAAGCAAUCAAGCUCAAACCUGAUUAUGCUGACGCUUAUCAUAAUAAAGGGUUUACCCUUAACGACUUAGGCAGAUAUCUUGAAGCAAUAGACUGCUAUAAUGAAGCAAUCAAGCUUAAACCUAAUUUUGCAGAAGCUUAUUAUAAUAAAGGUGUCUCUCUUAGAAAUUUAGACAUAAAUCUCGAAGCAAUAGACUGCUAUAACAAAGCAAUUGCGCUCAGACCUGAUUAUGCAAUAGCUUUUACAAAUAAAGGUGCAGCGCUUAAUGAGUUAGGUAGAAAUCUUGAAGCAAUAGAAUGCUAUGAGGAAGUAACAAAGCUAAAACCCGAUGACGCUUCUGGUUACUUUAAUAAAGGAUAUGCUCUUGAUGAUUUAGGUAGGUAUCUUGAAGCAAUAGAAUGCUAUAAUAAAGCAAUUGAGCUUAAUCCUGAUUAUACAGAUGCCUAUCAUAAUAAAGGUUUUGCUCUUGAGAAUUUAGGAAGAAAUGUCGAGGCAAUAGAAUGCUAUAUCGAAGUAAUUGAAUUAGAACCUAAUGAUGCUGAUGCUUACUUUAAUAAAGGAAAUUCUCUUUAUAAUUUAGGCAAGUAUCUUGAAGCUGUUGAAUGCUAUAAUGAAGCAAUCAAGGUUAAUCCUUAUUUUGCUAAAGCUUACUAUCAUAAAGCUGCUACUUUAUUAGUUUUAGAAAAAUAUGAAGAAGCAAUAGAAAACUAUGGCAAAUUAAUUAGAAUCAACCCUGACUGUGCUGAAGCUUAUUUUAACAAAGGCGCUAUUCUUAAUAAAUUAGGCAGAGAUCAAGAAGAAUUUGAAUGCUAUAUAGAAGGACUCAAAUUCAAUCCUGAUAAUUCUGAAUUAAGGGAGCUUGUGCUAAAUCACAAAAGGUAG